GCGCUUUUCGUUCGUUUGUUAUCGUCGACUUCGUUCAACAGACGAACAAGCGGCGUAUAGGCUUUCUUGGAUUCUUGAGGGGAUUUUAUUUAUUCACUGGUCUCGUCCAAAAACAGAGACUGACACAAAGAAGCGACUGUUCACGACAUUGAAAGAAUUCAAUGAGAAGGAGCUGGAGGUCUUUUAUUUUUAUUUUAUUUUUGAAAUUGCGACGAAGGACAAAAUCUGCCAACACCUGCAUAACCGUAUAACGUGUGUUAAACUUAAACUUUCACCAUCUCAAACACAACCGUACGAUUGUACACUGCAGUUUGUGUUUUGGAAUUGAAGCAGAAAUCUUCAAAGGUGUCGAGGGGAAACUUCGGCCACUACGGCCAUCGCAACCGUAACUGCUGAUCCAUCAUGGUGACAUAGCGCUGUCAGGAUUACCGGGAAAAUAUUGUCGUAACUUGAAUAUGGUGUGACAUGUUGAAGAAGAUGUGCCAUUGUUGUCUUCCUGCAGGAACGAUUUGUCAGUGAGUGGUGCUGGGAAUAUUACUUGAACUGGAGUUACAGCACAAAGAGAAUUGUAAAUGUGAAGGGGGGAAAAAGUGCAUCAAUCGCUUUUUUGUUUAGGUUGUGCUACUGAAGUAAAAGUAAAACAAAAGUGAAAAUUGUGAAUGUGAAGAAGAGUGCUGCAAUACUUGAGCAAGGCUUUGGUUUAUUUUGUGCUACUGAAGUAAAAUUAAAACAAAAGGACAUUUGUGAAUGUGAAAAAAGUGCUACAAUACUUGAGAAAGGCUUUGAUUUAGUUUGUGCUAUUGAAGUAAAAGUAAAACUAAAGUGAAAAUUGUGAAUGUGAAAAAAGUGCUGCAAUACUUGAGAAAGCUCAUAAUUUUGGUCUGUGCUGUUGACGCAGAAUUCAGAAACAGAAAGACGUGGAUGUAGAAAAAAUUGUGGAAAUACAUGAAAAGGCAUUGUUAUUUCAAUAUCGUUAUUUCAUUUAAAUGUUUUUUAUGACAUUUUAGGUCUUAUUUAAAAACUGUUAACAAAUAUUUGUGAAACCAACAAAUUUCUAUUUAAAAAAAAAAAUUAUGUAAGGCUGAAUAGCUUUUGAUUGAAAACCAAUGGAAUCCAUGCAUUUCAUUAAACCGAUCUUUUGUGAGACGAGAGUGACGGAGAAGGGAGAUAACUAUGCAGCUAUCGACACAGCCACAACCUCUUACUCGCCUGAACGUGACGAAACACGACCGCAUAUGGAAUAAGGAACUAUCCGAUGGAUUUUAUGGUCUUAACAUUAAUAAGAAUUCUUUGUUUUCACCACCUCUGAAGCAUAUUACUCCAGAAAUUAUCGAGGAAUUGUGGGAAAAGUUUGAUCCACUGGAUUUACUAAUCGAUUUGGGUAGUGACAAAAGUGGUUCAUCUAGCGAUACCAUGAUUAUGAUGACCACAGAGGAAGAACGUAAAAAUGAAGAAAGCAUUAAAAAUAGUUUCUUAGCGUUCGAACUCCGGAAGCAUUCGAAACAUCCGUUCUCUCAGGAAUACAGCGUACAGUCUGGUAACCAUAGUAACUAUGAGCAAUGCACAGCUGGCGAGUUUCGGUCGGGCCAGUGUUUGGAUUAUGAUGUAAAUGUGGACGAAGGUUACGGCACUGACAGCCGCACCAACACGACUGCAUCACUGGCAUCGCCAUUGUCGUCUAGUUUGUCGUCGCUACUGACAUCGGAGAGCUCUUCUAGUCAAGGCAGUUUGAAAAAAAACACGAGUCACGUGAUGAACUUGAACUCGAGACCGCAGCAAAUUCAAGGAAGCGGACGAUUGGUCGUCGGCAACAAGCCAGCGAUGGUUGCGAAAAAGAAAGCACAGCCCGUGGAAAAAAGUGACAAUUCUUUAAUGGAGAGAUUACGAGCUCUAACCACCAUUCAGGAAGAGGAAUCAUCGUCAUCGGCAGCCGUCGAUCAAGAUUGGAAUAACACGAGAAACAGUUCCGCAGGUUCAUGUGCUGGCAGCAAGUAUUCUGCUGAUCAGUGCUUCAACAGCAUUCAGGACGGGAAUAAUUUCCAAGGAAUGGGGCAGGGUUAUGUUAGGGAGGGGGUGUUCAGGGCAAAGCCCAUACAUGUUUCGUCCGAUGUUGGAAAUCGCCAAAUACUGGAUAACAGAAUUUCUAAUGGAAAUAAUCGUUCUUGGAAUAGUUCAGACAAUGUGUCGGAUGAUAAUUAUUUUAGCGAAUCCAGUUAUCCAUUGGUGAACGGCAUUGACCGUGAUCAGAGAAGUGAAAAUGUGAGUGGUGGUCACCGAGGUAUUCUGAGGAACGGUAAUUCUAGAUCAGAAACCUCUCAAAGAUGUUUACCGCAUGAUGUAUCUUCCAUACAACAGGACUUAAGACAGAAACCGAGUCGCAUGAUUUCCAUGCCCAACUUAAAUGCUCCUUUUGAUCAAGCUGGCAACCAUUUUGAAAAUGGUGUCGACACGUCACAUGUGCAGAUGAGGCCGAAACCGUCAGGUAUGUGUGCGCCCGCGCGACGGUCACAACGCCAUUCCUGGGACUACUGUGAUGUUAAUUCUCUGAAAGGAAAAUUCAGCGAUACAGACAAUCACAAUUUGUCUGAGCGGAUACCCGAGCCACCAAAACUGUCCAAUCAGAUUCGUGCUUCCUCCGAAAUGUCGCUGAAAUCAGGGAGACCGUUGUUUGCUGCAUCGACCGAUAUUUAUAGACUGUUUCAAGGUCAGAGUCAUCCGGGAGGUUUUUCGCAGGUCAAAUCGGCAUCGCACCGUCAUAGCUUUCACGCCAUGCCAUCGCAGUCAUGGCAACCAAAUGUUUCGGUUUCCGAGGUCAAGUCCCGAUUGAGAGUGGCUUCUUUUGGUAUGCAGUUGAACAGACCCAAUGGUCCCGUCCCAGUUAAAGGAAAUCAUGACAUUUACAAUCAUGUAUCUGAGAGUUGUCUCCCUUGGGAAAUGGCUUCCGGCAGCAAAUCUUCCGACCAGUUUAAACACCGCUCCUUAUCAGAUGAUAAGGAUAAACUUUCUACUUUAGUAUAGUGCUAGAGUUUUGGUGUUUUAAUUAUCACAUUUAUUUUAACAGAAACUUAAUAAUGUUACACAGGAAACAUUUUGUUCAGUAUCACUCAACAUACGCAAUUUUCAGAGAUUGCCACACACUUCUAAAACAUUCAACAGUAGUUGCUAAUCAAUUUUUAAUUAACAACAAAUAUUUGUUAAUCAAGACUUUGAAAGCAAAAUGUUCCCUGUAAGAAAAGGUGAAAGCCAUUUCAGCCUGUUUACUGUAUUAUUUUUAUUUUAGUGGUUGCUGGUUGCCGACCAACUCUUGAAUUUUAGUUUAUUCUUCUUUUAUUCAACAUAUUUAAAACGUUUUAUCAUUUAUUAAUGAAAUACAUUUGCCAAAUUCAACUUUAAUUAACAUUUUGUAAUUUGGCAAAGGAUCAACAAGUUAUAUAUAUCAUUAUUAAAAAGUAUAGCUUAUACAUGUGUGAAGGGUCCAUGGAAAUAACCUGUUAUGUCACAUUAUUAAUAAGGUGAUUUUUUUAUAAUUUUGACGUUUACAACUCUGCAAACAUGGAAUAUUUAUUCCCAAGCAUAAUUUACCAAACUACUUUUAAUGGCCUACCAUAAUUAUAGGGUUUUAUUUAGUGUGUCAUUGUGACCUUGACAUACACAACCAUUAUAAUAAUAUCUGUUUUGAUGUCAUAGGUUAUUCUUGUGGACCCCUCAUGUAUUGUCCACCCCAACAUGUAUGUCAUAAUCCUUGAAGUAUAUCAAUUUGGAAAAAAUUACCAUCAAAUUGAUAGAAUAAAUUACUACAUGAAGACAGCAAUGUAAGUUUUCUUAUACCCAGCAAUCACAGAAUAAAUUUAAAUAAAUUUAGUUUGACUGUUUUUUUUCCCGAAUUCUCAGCAACCACAAACAUACCUCACCAUUAAAACAACAUGAAGAAGAAUGAUUAAUUUCUCCCCGAACUUGGAUCAUGGGAAGCCAUUAAAAAUAUUACCAUGGUGAUAUUUAUAAAUUGACACGCUAAGGGGAGAUAACAAUGACUUCUUGAACUAGUCUAAAAGAAGUGAUAAAGGAUGAAAAGUGAUAGCUCCCCUUGAAUGGUAAGUUCUGCAUAGAAGAAAAGUAAGUAAAUGUAAUUUGACUUUAUUUGCAUUAAAUUCCAAAUACACAUAUCUGUAUUAGUCUUAUUCAAUUUACUGUACUAGCACAACAACUAUGCUAUACAACAUAAAUAAAUACGUAACCCCAAUUAUCGCCAAAACAACCUAUGUCUUGGUAAGGGCUAUGGAACAGAGACAAUAUUACAUUUUAAUAAAAUGUUUCACGUGGUACAAAAAGACAAAAAACCGAAACGUUUUGCAGAGCUCGUUAAAAGUACGUCCGCAAUGGAGGACUUCAGAAUUGAGAACAAUGGUCUGCCCAUGCACAGAUAUGGAUAUACAAGGGAAGACAAUUCUGCAGUGGAGGAGAUGACUCAGGUUGUAUAGCAUUGUUGUUGUGCUAGUACUAGGUAAGUAUGAAUAAUAAUAAAAAUUUGAAACAAAUUUUCUAAAUCAAACAUAAUCAGGGCAGGCCUCUGAAUAUUGUAAGAGUGAUAGGUUCGUUCACACGUCUCUCAUAUAAGUAUAGUUGCGUAACCCUUUUUUUUUUCAUUUGCAAAUAGAAUUUACUACAUCAUUUAUGUGUUCAUGAUGGGUUACAUAAAAACAAAAUGGGUUACGCGAGUUCAUUUUUGCUUUUAAACCCAUAAAUGGUUUACUCAAAUUUCUAGAAUGGUCCUAAUAUAUUCUAUUUAUUUGUGAUGUUACAGACUCAUAUCCUGAGGUUUUAGGGUGCAGUAAAUAACAUGUAACAAAAUUUUAUGUUAAAAUUUUGAUUUUCUCAUCCACCUCUUCCACCACUUCUUCCCUAUGUGAAAAUGUUUUAAACCACCCAACCCCCACAAAGUCCAUGCCAUAACUCAUUGAUUUGCCAGUUUAAUUAUGAGGUCUUUAUUUACACAGCAGUUGCAUUAUCCAAUGAAAUUCUAAUGUUUAUUUUUAAAAUACAUAUUCAUGUGUAUCUAUAGAUUGAGUAAUUUAUUAUUUUAGCACAGUAGUUAAUUAACUUGUGACCAAUAUUAUAACCUUUGUAACCCAUCACAUUCAUCAACCGAUAUUUUCAAGAUUGUAAGGCCCAAGCUUCAACUUUCCAUUGUGGAGAAAAUAUAUAUAUAUAUAUAUUAUUUAAUUUCAGCUUGAGCAUACAUAUACAUUGUAUUAUCUUUCAUAUAUACAACAUUCAGUUCUCUGAAAAUGGCAAAAACAAUAGAUUCAUUUACACAAGCCUGGUCUUGUGUAACCCAGUUUUCAUUUGCAUAUUAAGUUUAUGACAUCAUUAACAUGUUCAUAACGGAUACUACAGAAAGGAUUGGGUUACCUAAAAUUAUUAGCGUAACCGGGAUUACUAAUUUAUAAAUGGUUUCUACAAAUUUUUAAUUCUCAGAGGCAUGAACAUUUACUCAUUUGAAAACAGAGUUACAAAACCCCCAUGUCUACCAGGUUAUAUCAUAUGUUAUACAAUUUGGUGAUUUUUUAAAGGGACACACCCUAGUUUUUAAACAUUAAGGCAUAAUUUUUACUAUUAUAGCCAUUUUUGAUACUGAAAUCAUUUUUUACUUAGAUUAUAUGGUUUAGAUUAUCAAUUUGCAUAAAUUUAAAGUGUUUUUGGUCAUCCUUGUGUUUUUAAUAUCACAAAAUGCAUUUCUCAUAUUUUUUUUAAUGCAUGUGCAUCUGAGAAGUAACAGUUAUGGA